AUGGAAAAGUAUGUCGCUGCCUUGGAGGAAGUUUUGCCAACGAUGAGCACCUCUGCACUCAGCACUGUGUUUUUCUACCAUGCGAAAUGCAGUGUCCUGGACCGGAAAGCUUUUUUGGAAUGCUGCACUUGGCUUUACCAUCGUAUACCACUAGCAACUGAAACUGUCCGGCAGGAGCUGUUGCUCAGCUUUGCGCUUUACAAAAGGGCUUUUGAAUCAACAACCGCGGGGGCAAUGUCAUCCUCUGCUUCGACGACUGUCGGUGUGCGAAUACCAAUGGCAGCACGACCAUAUCAGCAGGAAAACAACUGCGUGCACG